AGCCAACAGAGCCACCAUCAAGUCUUCUCUUUGGUUUAUGGUGCUCGUCUACCGGCCAUGGAGGCCGGGGGCAGAUUAGUGCAUCAGCUAUCGAUUUCGAAUUCAAAUCAAAGCGCGUAAUGCGUUGAUCUGGUAAAGCUUUUCCGUGGAUAGGCUUCCCCGUAACCAGCCCCGCCAACUUAGCUCCUCUGUCGUGCAUCUUGUUAUAUAGAUCGAAGUUCAGUGGAAAGAUGUCCCAGAUCCCCAAUCGCGCUUCUUCCUGCAACCUCUUCCGUACAUCUAUACACCAUAACGGAGAGUCGCUUGAAAGACAUAGCUGUGGUUAGGUAUCAAUUCGAGUCACCUUCAGCGCAAACCCUCCCACAUAUUGGCCUUGUUUCCUUCGCCUGAUCCAUUCGAACCGCCCAAAAAGCUCCAAAGCGUGUUGCUCGUUGCUUAACUGGAAAACAUGGCCGGCCGCAUUGACCUCGUGGGCAUCGUAACACCGAAGCCCGGCCACACUGAGAGGUUCAUUGACCUAUUCACCAAAUGUGCCGAAUAUGCCGAGAAGAAUGAGCCGGGUACUCUGACGUACCGCUACCACCGCGGGGACAAGGCCAAGAACGAUGGCUUGGAAGAGCUGGUGAUACGCGAGACCUACGAGAACCAGGCAGCCCUAGACAAGCACAUGACUUCGCCCCCAGUUCAGGUUAUCAUGAAAGAGCUCGAGGCAGGAACCCUCGUUGAUAAAGUAAAGGUCAUUCACAUAACCCCUGGAGGAGGCGUCCAGCGGGCCAAGAUCUGAGGUCACUGGGCAUAAACAAGCAUCGACCUCGUCGUGUAUAUAUCAACAUAUAUGUAGGUAUACAAGUUGUAUUG